AUGGAUGCUCUUCCCAAGCCCGAGCACAUGGAUCUCAAACCAACGAGACUUCGAGAACUGGUCGUUCAGCCUCAGCCUACAGGUCUCGAUGCACCUACACUGCGCGAGUUGAUCGUCCUCUCAUCUCACGCGUCCCGCGCAGUCAACACUGCGAUUGCCAAAGGGGUGUCCAGAGACAUGGUGGCCGUCACCAUCUGCAACAAGCAAUCGGCGGAGGAGCCACGCUUCAUCGCAGUGGUGUGUUACGGACCGGAGUUCCACGAGCCUGCCCACGGCGAAGAAGGCACGACGCCGUUCGAGGCGCUGGAGAAGCUUUUCCACUGGUCAGCGUGCGUCGCUUUCCAGCGCAUGGAACAGUGGGAGGCGGCAGCAAGUGAGAAUGCGCGCAAGUCCGGUGUUCGGCGACAGAGUCAUUAG